GUGCAGUCGAGUUUACUGUAGGUUGGUAGGUGGCGGGAAAGGCAGAGUGGAACCAACUGGCUGCGGUAGGGUUCUGAGAAGUCGGUUUCACCCCCGUACUGGGCUGAACCGAGCUGAGCCGCGCCGCGCCGGGGGGAGAGAGAUCAAUCACCACCAGACAGAGUAUGUUUUCCUGAAGUCUCUUCCUUCUCCCUAAAUUUUGACAACUCGGUAGAUUAGGAUUGUAGGCGUUAUUAACCAGAAUGCUCCGCCGAAAACCCACUCGUCUAGAGCUGAAGCUAGAUGACAUUGAGGAAUUUGAGAGUAUCCGAAAGGAUCUGGAGACCCGUAAAAAACAGAGGGAAGAUGUGGACGUGGUGGGAGCCAGUGAUGGGGAAGGAGCUAUUGGCCUGAGCAGUGACCACAAGACCCGAGAACAAAUGAUCAAUGACCGAAUUGGUUAUAAACCUCAGCCCAAAGCCAAUAAUCGUUCAUCUCAGUUUGGAAGCUUUGAGGUUUAGAGCUUAUAGAUAAAUUAUCCUGUGUUCCUGCCUUUAAAAAAGCAAUGAUAUGGAGGCAAAAGUUAAAAUACCAUUUAGAGAACUGAGUACUUGAAGACUACCAAAAUCUUUUGCCUUCAGGAAAUCUUUUUGAGGCUUAACUUCUUUAUUCCGGAAAAAUUUGAAUUCUAGUUGGUAUCUGGAACAUUUUCAUCUUCCUCUCCAGAGAACUUGUAUUUUGUUUUUAAAAAUAAA